AGGUCCGCGCUCCGGUCCGUGCCCGCGGGGAGCGCGGCGCGAUGGCGGCCGGCGGCUACGGGCGGUACCGGACCGUGAUCUUCGCGGCCAUGUUCGUGGGGUACACGCUGUACUACUUCAACCGCAAAACCUUCUCGUUCGUCAUGCCCGCUGUCAUGGACGAGGUGCCGCUGGGGAAGGACGAUCUGGGUCUCAUCACCAGCAGCCAGUCCGCAGCCUACGCCAUCAGCAAGUUCAUCAGCGGCGUCCUCUCGGACCAGAUGAGCGCCCGCUGGCUCUUCUCCUCCGGUCUCCUCAUGGUGGGCUUGGUCAACGUGGUCUUCUCCUGGAGUUCCACCGUCACGGCCUUCGCCGGGCUCUGGUUCCUCAACGGCCUGGCCCAGGGGCUGGGCUGGCCACCCUGCGGGAAGAUCCUGAGGAAGUGGUUUGAGCCUUCUCAGUUUGGGACUUGGUGGGCAAUCCUGUCUGCAAGCAUGAACUUGGCUGGAGGCUUAGGCCCCAUUGUCGCUGCUCUCGUGUCUAUGAACUACAAUUGGCGCAUGACUUUGUCCUCCUCUGGCUUCACCUGCGUGGUUGUCUCUUUUGUUUGCCUUGUCCUGAUUAAAAACGAACCGUCGGACGUUGGGCUGCCCAACAUUGAACAAGGAGCCAAGAAAGGGAAGAAAGGUUCCUCCAGUGACAACAGCACCUUGACAGAGCUGCUGCUCUCGCCGUACCUGUGGGUGCUCUCGACAGGCUACCUGGUCGUUUUUGGAGUCAAAACGUGCUGUACUGACUGGGGACAGCUCUUCCUGAUCCAGGAGAGGGGACAGUCCAUGCUUGUGGGCAGUUCCUACAUGAGUGCCUUGGAGAUUGGGGGCCUGGUGGGAAGCAUUGCUGCUGGAUACCUUUCUGACAGAGCAGUAGCAAGAGUGGGUCUGUCAAGCUACGGGAAUCCUCGGCAUGCACUGCUGCUUUCCAUGAUGGCUGGGAUGUGUGUGUCCAUGUUUCUCUUUCGGGUCACGGUCACAGGCAACUCUCCCAAGGAAACCCACUUCUGGACUGUAGCCUUGCAGCCUCUAGCUGAUCUUACAGGCCUAAAAGAACAUGAGCUGUGGAUCCUGACUCUGGGAGCAGUGUUUGGGUUCUGCUCAUAUGGGCCGAUUGCCCUGUUUGGGGUCAUAGCCAACGAAAGUGCCCCUGCCAACCUGUGCGGCACCUCCCAUGCCAUAGUGGCCCUCAUGGCCAACGUUGGGGGUUUCCUGGCUGGAUUGCCAUUCAGUACAAUUGCUAAGCACUACAGCUGGGCCACAGCCUUCUGGGUAGCCGAAAUCACCUGUAUUUGUAGCACAGUGGCUUUCUUCUUCCUGCGGAACAUCCGCACCAAGAUGGGCCGGAUUCCCAAGAAGGCUGACUGAGGAUAAGCUGCUCGGUGAAAAGGAUGUUCCCACGCUGAUGCGAACGAUGCUCAUUUUUUGUUUAACUAGCCUAGGAGUGAGUUUACCUAUUGCUGCAACCUAGAUAAAAAUGUCUCAGCUUCUCAACCACUGUCAGGUGCCUGAGGGCACAAGGUUCCUGCUACUGAUCACUUUUUCCCUUGAGAUGUGAUAAUUCAUCUAGUUUACAUUUGCAAUGAUUUUACUGUACCUCUUUCUCACAGCACUGCUGAUGAAGCGAGCAGGCUCUGCAGCCUGAGCUUCCCCACUACAAAUGGUCUGAAAUGACCGGCUUCAGGUGCGCUUACCUUUAGUUUUGUCGUUACUGUUUGUCUCAGCCAUGAACUGAGACAUUAAUCAGUUCAGCUUCGCUGCUCAGGGGCCCCUGAACUGAGCCUUUGCCACCUGUGUCCACCCGGUCCAGCUGCCGUAAGCGCAGCUGUCCCAGGUCACUUGGCGUGAGCUCCGUGUGCACUCGGCCCCAGGACAGUGGCAGAGCAGGGAAUUGUGACAACUGCAGUCCAGCCUCGUGGCUGCUCUGACAGCAGUGAGGCUUUAGCUGUACCGGGGAGUAGCUGUUAGGAGCAAGCGAGUGUUGCUGUGGAGAAGCGAAUGGUGGGAUGUGUUAUGGCAGGGCUCUCCACAGCACUUAGGAACAGGCACGUUUCCAGGGAAUUCGUGGCAUUUAAAGAAGCUCCUUCUAGUGAACUGCUUCUGCCCGGUGUGAUGUCUGUGUUCAAUGUUAAUGAUUUGCAGGGGAGGCAGCUGCUGCCAAGUCAGCUCGUAGCGAGUGCUCUGCAAAUCAGCCAGGAAAACUGCCCCAGCUGCAGGAAUUGCGACAGUAGCCACCGCCAACACACAAUUUCUGCAGCUGGGUUUUGUGAUAACCUCUAUUUGUAGCAUUGGCUUUUUUUUUUUCAGUACAAGGUGUGUAGUCUAGGGUGGUUUUGGUCAAGAGCUGCAUCUCUCUUGGCAGCAGGCGGUGGCUUACGUUGCCUCCAAGUCAACUGUAGCAGAGCCACUGUGGACAGCCUUGAGCAGUCAGACCCAGCACUCUGCAAUAAGUACACUCAGGUUUUUAAAUGAGAGUUUGUUGUGUAUUCUUGUUUUUCCCCAAAAGGAUUUACUGCUUUAGGGUCCUGAAAGAGGCAAGUUCAACUUGUGAAGAACCUGCAUACAGGUACUUUGCUGAACAGCUUGGUUGCAAGAGUAGUUAGUCAGCCUUAAUUAAAACAAUGGAAGUAAAUUAAAUUUUGUACUUAAUUAUAUGAUCUUCUAUCUGUGAAAUAAAAGUGGAGCAGUGUCA